AUGAAGUACGUUUUGGUGACUGGUGGAGUUGUGAGUGGUCUUGGGAAAGGAGUGACUGCUAGUAGUAUUGGCUUGCUUCUAAAGGCUUGUGGGCUUCGGGUCACUUCCAUUAAGAUAGAUCCUUACUUAAACACUGAUGCUGGAACUAUGUCCCCCGUUGAACAUGGUGAAGUCUUUGUCUUAGAUGAUGGUGGUGAGGUGGACUUGGACCUUGGAAAUUAUGAGCGAUUUCUAGAUAUCAAGCUGACCCGUGAUAAUAAUAUUACUACCGGAAAGAUUUACCAGGAUGUUAUUGACAGAGAAAGAAGGGGAGAUUAUCUAGGAAAAACUGUCCAGGUUGUUCCUCACAUCACAGAUGCUAUCCAAGAGUGGAUUGAGCGUGUAGCACAAAUACCAGUGGAUGGGGAGUCAGGUCCAGCUGAUGUUUGUGUCAUAGAAUUGGGUGGAACUAUAGGUGAUAUUGAAUCCAUGCCUUUUAUUGAGGCAUUAGGACAAUUCUCGUACCGAGUAGGUAGUGACAACUUUUGCUUGAUUCAUGUUAGCCUUGUGCCUGUUUUGAAUGUUGUUGGUGAACAGAAAACAAAACCAACCCAGCACAGUGUUCGUGGACUGAGGUGCCUGGGUUUGACACCACAUUUGAUAGCUUGUCGCAGCACAACGGCACUAGAAGAGAACGUAAAGACGAAAGUCAGUCAGUUUUGCCAUGUCCAGAAAGAGAACAUCAUCACUCUCUACGAUGUUUCCAACAUCUGGCACAUUCCAUUACUUUUAAGAGAUCAGAAGGCUCAUGAAGCAAUCUUUAAAGUGCUGAACCUUCAGGGAUUAACAAGGGAACCUGAAUUAGAUGAAUGGACUUCUAGGGCUGAAAUUUGUGACAUGUUGCAUGAGCCAGUUCGCAUUGCCAUGGUCGGGAAGUAUACGAAGCUUUCAGAUGCCUACCUCUCUGUAAUAAAGGCUCUUGUGCAUGCUUCUGUUGCUCGUGGCAAGAAACUUUUCGUGGAUUGGGUUCCAGCUGGUGACCUUGAAGACGCAACUGCAAAAGAGAAUCCUGAUGCUUAUAAGGCCGCCUGGAAGUUGUUGAAGGGUGCAGAUGGUGUUCUCGUUCCCGGAGGAUUCGGGGACAGAGGAGUGCAAGGGAAAAUUCUUGCAGCAAAAUAUGCCCGGGAAAAGAGAAUUCCAUUCCUUGGCAUUUGUCUAGGAAUGCAGAUUGCUGUCAUUGAGUUUGCACGAUCUGUUCUUGGUCUGAAAGAUGCUAACAGCACAGAAUUUGAUCCUAACACUAAGAAUCCCUGUGUUAUAUUUAUGCCAGAGGGUUCAACAACACAUAUGGGAGCCACCAUGCGCCUUGGAUCCAGGAGAACAUAUUUCCAGUCUACAGAAUCCAAAUCAGCUAAACUAUAUGGAAACAAGCGCUUCAUCGAUGAGAGACAUCGACACAGAUAUGAGGUGAAUCCUGAAAUGGUAGCACGCCUUGAAAAUGCUGGCCUCUCUUUCACUGGCAAGGAUGAAACUGGCCAACGCAUGGAGAUUGUUGAGCUGCGUAAUCAUCCAUAUUUCAUUGGUGUCCAGUACCAUCCUGAAUUCAAAUCAAGACCAGGAAAACCUUCUGCUUUAUUCAUAGGCCUUAUAGCAGCAGCAUGUGGGCAGUUGGAUGCUUUCUUACAGGGCUCUGAGAGCAAAAGGAAUAUCCCAAAUGGACCUGCCAAUGAUAUGUCCCAGAGGCAUAUCUCAUAUGGAGCAAGCAAUGAUAUGCCCCAAAGAAAUAUCCCAAAUGGAGCAAGCAAUCAUAUGUUCCAAGCAGCAUGUGGGCAGUUGGAAUCUUUCUUCCAGGGUUCUGAGACCAAAAGAAAUGUCCCAAAUGGAGCAGCCAAGGCAUAUCAAAAUGGAGCUGCAGCUAAGCUUGCUAAUCGGCCACAAGACGGUGCAUACAGCAUUUUCAAUGGCAUGCACUUGUGA